AUGAAUAGCUAUGCCCCUAAAAAGAAAACUAGAAUAGACAAAUGCCAGAAAUUCAUAUCAAAUAAUAAAAGAAAAAAAAAGAUUAAUUUCCAGCUACCCGACUCGCCACCCGCAGUGCCACGCACCAGGCCUGCAGCUCAUAAUGCCUCAAACGACCCAGAGUAUGUAGCCAAAUACAGACUGGCCAUUGCGCUCAUGAAGGGCCUUGGCGACGAUGACCCACGUAACUUCCGGAACCAAGCUAACGUGCAUUGUGCCUACUGUGAGGGCUCAUAUCACUACACUAUGGAUAAGAAAGUAGACGGCUUCAUAGACGGGAUUCCAAAAGAAAUACAAGUUCACUCCUCGUGGCUAUUCUAUCCCUUCCACCGCUGGUACUUGUAUUUCUACGAGAGAAUCCUUGCCGACCUUAUUCAAGACCCAACUUUCGCUUUGCCCUUCUGGAACUGGGACGCUCCUGAGGGCAUGUACAUGCCAGCCAUUUUCGAGGACGAUCCCAUAUUAAACCCUCUCUACGAUGCCAACCGGAACGCCAAGCAACGCGUGCUGGGGACGGUUUUGGACCUCAACUAUCACGGCACGGACGACAAUACCAGUGACGACGACACAAUAAUCCGAAAUAAUCUCUUCACCAUGCACUCGCAAAUGCUGUCUAUUUCAAGCACAGACUGGUGCUCAUUCUUCGGUCACCCUUACCGCUCUGGAUACCAACCAAACCCCGGUGCUGGCAACAUUGAAUAA